AUGCCUGCAAACGUCGCUGUUUCAUACAACACCAAUAGUCUAGUUGUGCCUCACGCUAGGCUCUUCAAUGACUCAUCAAUAUGCCUUUCUCCUGAUGGUCGCCUAUUGGCUGCAUUCGUUGUUCCUCGAGUUGACAUUAAUGCCACUGGCACUAUUGAGGAUUUGCGGAAUCCUGAUUCGAGGAGGUCCUCUCUCGUCAUUGGUGGGUCUUCUGAAUCCGAAACUCUCUUAGCAGUAUACCGCCUAGAGCCACGAAAGAACCGUGGGGCUUGUCUUUUUUCCCAUCGCUUUGCUUCAGUCAGUCCGGUAUGCUUAGACUUCAGCCCUUUGGCUGAUUAUAUAGUUGUUGGCUUAGCAACCACUCGACUACCCUGCCUUAACCGUUCACCUACUGGGCAUGCAGAUAUCUCCAACUCUCAACAUGCCUCCAUGAAUUCUAGCCACUCCAAACAUUAUCGGACUGAAUUUACAAAGCCUGGAGACUCCACACCUGCCUCGAUGACUUCUGUCGGUAAGGGAAUUUAUAUUGCUAAGUAA